CGCUGGGAACACAAAGGAGCGUGCCGCUUUGCUGCUGGCCGCCCUGCGCUCCCACCCUGUCCCCUAGACUUUUUUCUCCCUCCGGGCUAUUCCCACCCCUCCUCCUUCCGACCGCGGGUCCGGGGAGGCGGGAGCAGGUUCUCAUGAGACGCACCUGUCCCAGGGAGAGACGUCGGGACUCGUUGCAGAGACUUUCCUUGGGCUCACUCUCCAUCUCUACUCUUACAGUUUUAGAUUGGAAAGUCUAGCCUGCCGUGUACAGUGAGUCCCUAAGAAGUGUAAUGAGAUCCGAUAAUGCUUUAAUGAGCCACAGGUCCGAAGCCGGGACCAAAUUUCCUCGGAUCUGUUGGGCUUCACACACGGUUUUGCCUCCGUGGGCAUCUCAGCUGCUGAUUACCCUUAACAAGUGUCCAGUCCCGGAUGCCCACUUGUAAGGUUACUAGUUUAUUAGCUCUCUGAAGUGAGAUUCAUCUUAACUGAUUAUUAGUAAACACCCGUCAGGUGUUUGUUGUGUUUGUUACUAAAUCCAGGUGUUUUUAAGCGCAUAAAACUCUUGUAUCUAUUUUUAAAAGAAACUCUUUAGAAUCUAUAAUUUACAUCAGGGAAUCCUGUUUCCAGAAUGCACAUUAGGCCCAGAUUGGUUAGUUGAAGUUUCGUGUCUGGUAUUAUGAAUAUUGUUUUUAUAUCAAACAUUUUGGCACUCCUUUCUCUACAUCCAGUCAUAUUUUGUAUAUGCUUCUAUUAUAGUCGUUUUCACGCUGGACCUUGAAUUUGUGUUCUCCUGUGUUUUUCUUCCCUAUCAUUGAUGCCCAGCAUAUGGAAAAAUCUUUCAAAUCCUGGCUCCCCUUUGGAGCUUGGGAAGUUACUUAACUUAAAGCUUCGAUUUCUUCAUCUGUAAAAUGGGGACCAUAAAUAGUACCUGCCUCUUAAGCUUGUGCGAAUAUUAAAUGUGAUAAUAUCUGGAGUUUACUUGGCAUGGUGCCUACAUAUAGUGCUCAGUAAAUGUUAGCUAUUUUUAAUUUUUAUGAAUAUAUUUAUUAUUAAACUGAUCCCAUUUUCAAGCGCUCACCAAGUCUUUUAGACAGUCCAAACACAAUCUUACCAUGAUUUACUCUGCAAGUAUCAUUCACAAAUGUGAAAAGAGGAAAACUAUAAAGCAGGUGUUGCACCAUUAAUAAUUUCAUUGAAUUAUUUUCCUGCUGUUUCUGUGAUAAGUAAAUAUUUCAUUCUUUUUGAACCAUCUGUGGCAGUGCAAUGCCACAUAUUUAGCGUGAUUCAUUUGCUGAAUAACACUUUGACCAUUUCCAAUUCUGUUUGUGUUAUAAUCCACAGUUUCGUGACCUUGUCCAGUAGGAGGCUAUUUUAUUUUUACAACUGCUCAAGUUUUGACAUACGAGAUGAAGCAAGACGCCACAAGAAAUGCUGCCUACACUGUGGAUUGUGAAGAUUAUGUGCAUGUGGUAGAAUUUAAUCCAUUUGAGAGUGGCGAUUUAGGAAACCUAAUUGCAUAUGGUGGCAAUAAUUAUGUGGUCAUUGGCACGUGUACAUUUCAGGAGGAAGAAGCAGACGUUGAAGGAAUUCAGUAUAAAACACUACGAACAUUUCACCAUGGAGUCAGGGUAGAUGGCAUAGCUUGGAGCCCAGAGACUAGACUUGAUACAUUGCCUCCAGUAAUCAAAUUUUGUACUUCAGCUGCUGACAUGCGAAUCAGAUUAUUUACUUCAGAUCUUCAGGAUAAAAAUGAAUACAAGGUUUUAGAGGGCCAUUCAGAUUUUAUUAACGGUUUGGUGUUUGAUCCCAAAGAAGGCCAAGAAAUUGCAAGUGUGAGCGACGAUCAUACCUGCAGGAUUUGGGACUUGGAAGGAGUUCAGACAGCUCAUUUUGCUCUUCGUUCCCCUGGAAUGAGUGUGUGCUGGCAUCCUGAAGAAACUUACAAGCUGAUGGUUGCAGAGAAGAAUGGAACAAUCCGAUUCUAUGACCUUAUUGCCCAACAGGCUAUUUUGUCUCUUGAAUCAGAACAGAUGCCAUUAAUGUCAGCACACUGGUGCUUAAAAAACACCUUCAAAGUUGGAGCUGUUGCAGGGAAUGAUUGGUUAAUUUGGGAUAUUACUCAGUCCAGUUAUCCUCAAGAGAAGAGACCUAUCCACUUAGAUCGAGCCUUCUUAUUCAGGUGGUCCACAAUUAAUGAAAACUUGUUUGCAACAACUGGCUACCCUGGCAAAAUGACAAGCCAGUUUCAAAUUCACCAUUUAGGACACCCCCAGCCCAUCCUCAUUGGCUGUGUACCGGUUGGAUCUGGUCUUUCCUGGCAUAGAACUCUCCCACUGUGUGCAGUUGGAGGAGACCACAAGCUGCUGUUCUGGGUGACUGAAAUGUAAAAUAAAUUUGUUCUGUACUUCAGGUCCAUAAAAUUUGUAUUUUUAGUACAGAUUUUAGAGAAUUCCUUAUUUUUAUAUUAAAUACACUAUAAGCUUUAGAAAUAUCUCACUUAUUGGCUUUUGUUAAAUAAAAUGUUUAUGGUUUGAAAAAUUA